AAUGACGUUUUGAAGUGCUUUGAAAGUUCUCUUGACUUCAGUUUAGACACCCACCCAGCUUUGUGCCUGUGGUUUUGUAGAUCCUCCCUCUUCCUCAAUCUCUGGCACAAGCGACAAAACAAACACCAGAUUAGACCCCUAACAUGCUAACAUGCUCCUCACCGCCAGUAAACACAGGUCUCAGCUGUGGUUUGAUUGUUGUGACUACUUUUUUUUUUUGCUUACUUUUGUGAGGUGUAAUCAUCUUAGGUGGGAUUUGCUUUACUGAUGCUGCUUGCGUCUCCCUUUGUGCAAAAUCAAAGUCGAAACAAACGUUUCAAGCUCACUUGCAAACUGAGGAAGUUGUGUUGCCCACUGCUGCGUCACCAUUCAAACCAACAGGAGGAAAUAGAGCAGCAUUUGUACUUGAUUCUUUCAUACAGCACUUGCUCCUCUUUAAGGCACUGUCAGUGUCUCUCCAAUGUCAUUUCCUGCAUUCUGCUCAUCUCGUUUUUGAACCCUGCUUAUAGUCAGUCGGGGUGUGGGGUUUGUGGGGGUGACCAGAUGGCCCUCAGUGUGUAGUUUUGAGGAGAAGCCAUUGGGAACGUGUGUGUGGAAAGGAGAGGUAAGGUGCAGGCGAGCGAUGGGAUGCUGCAGUGUGACCCAAAGGCAUACAGGGACCGAUGAAGUGGGCCCAGAUGAGAUUGAACUCUUGGAGAUCUCCAAUGCAGGGCUCUGGAGUCUUGCUGAAAACCGCCUACAAACUUCCACAAGGAAUGGCACAGAUGAAGGUCCUCAGCGCUGCCCUUCUGUGAGACACCUGAAGCAGGAGGAUCCGGAUCCUGUUUCUGCGAGGAGGGACUCAAAGCACAACAAUUCACAACUAGCGGUCUGGGGCUGGACAAAAGAAGAGCUUCAUUAUAGACUGUACACUCAGCCUAUCAGAGAAUGGGAAGGACAAGCUCCACACACCUAUGGCGACAUUAUCCACUCGUCUUCUGUGUAUUUACACAGUGGGUACACAAAGGUUAUGAGUGAAAGAUAUCUGGUUUUAUUUUCCUUCCACUUGUUAAUCCUCGCUUUGGACAGUUCCAAUCAUGAUUUUAUAUAUGAGGGUAUUCUUCCUCUCUCAGCCAUUGAAGUGCAUCUGAUCCCACAGCAGGACUCCAGUUCUCCACAUAUGUUUGAGAUUAUUGGACCCAUGGUGGACUCAAAGAUCUUCAUUUGUGCUGGAGCUGCUGAAACAAAAAACUGGAUGGAGAACAUUGAGGACAGGCGAUACAAGUCUUUAAGACAACAGCUAAGCCCGUCUCAUAGUGCUCUCUCAUACCUGGUGCCGUGUGAUGAAAACUGGAAGAAGGAGGAGCUGAAAAGAUACUUGCUGCGGUCUCCCAUCAUGCAAUGGGAAGGAGCCCCCAUUCAGCACAUGGGACAUCCAAGAUACCUCUCACUGGUGCACAUCAGCAACGUAUACGCAAAGAACCGGUUUUUGCAGGGACCUCAGGAGCGUCUGCUUGUGCUCUUCCCUUGUGACCUGCUCAUUCUGUCUCUCGACUGCCAUCGCGUACGUGUGAAAUAUGAGGGUCGUCUGCCACUAAAGAGCAUUAAAGCCAUGGAAAGAUCGGCACUGCCUGGCAGACUGGAGUUUGAACUCACAGGUGAACUGAUGGAGCCUCUGCUUGUCUCCUGUAUUUACCCUGAGGACUAUCAAAGCUGGAUCUUCCAGUUACAACAGCCUGAUAAAAUGCCAGAUACACUGCCUCAUCACACUCCACCUCUGAUACCGAAAAAGCGCAGGAGCUGAGUAUAAUGUGAGGACUGUGAACUAAGAUGACUGGGAACAUCAUAAAUACUCCUAUUAAUGAAAGCUGCUGUGGACAAAUACAUUUUUUACUUUUGCUUUUUAUAUUCUUAUGUAAAUAUCUAAACUGCUCAUGUGAAAGGAUUUCUCAAUAGCUGUGAAACUCAGGUUUAGACAGCAAUUAUUACCAUCUGCUCCAUUUCUGUGGUAGAGAGUGGUAACAUGUAUGCACAGAAACAGUAUAAUACAAUGUAUAAAUGUUUAAGAUGUAUAAAAUUAAUUUAUUUAGAA